UUUAUUGGAAGCUGUUAAAGUGGUUGCUAUGAGACCUUCUCCAGCUAACACAGGCACAGCAGUGUGUGAGGCUGUUAAAUCAUAGCUCUUGCAUUAUACCUUCCUUUCCUGCCUUUUUUUUUUUCCCCCCCCUAACGCAGCUUUUAUAGUUGUUUAAGAUCAGAGAAAACACCUGCCAGUUGCUUUUUCUUCAGUUUCAGUCCCUUCUGCUGCUUUCGUGCAAGAUGGAGCUAGAAAAUGCAAUGAUCAGCUCCUCGAGCAGCUCUUCAGCAGGCUCCAGAGAGUACAAGGUGGUGAUGCUGGGAGCAGGGGGAGUUGGCAAAAGCGCAAUGACAAUGCAGUUCAUUAGCCAUCGAUUCCCUGACUACCAUGACCCAACUAUAGAGGAUGCCUAUAAAACUCAAGUCCGAAUUGAUGAUGAACCAGCCUAUUUGGACAUUCUAGACACUGCUGGACAGGCAGAAUUCACAGCCAUGAGGGACCAGUACAUGCGAGGUGGAGAAGGCUUCAUUAUCUGCUAUUCCAUCACAGACCGCCAAUCUUUUCAGGAGGCAGCUGAGUUUAAGGAGCUCAUUUAUCGUGUCCGGCACACCUACGACAUCCCCGUGGUGCUGGUGGGAAACAAAAUAGACCUCGAGGAGUUCAGACAGGUCUCAACUGAAGAAGGAAUGAGCUUAGCCAGAGAAUAUUCCUGCUCCUUUUUUGAGACUUCAGCUGCACUCCGCUUCUACAUUGAUGAUGUCUUUCAUGGACUAGUGAGGGAGAUUCGAAGGAAAGAAUCCUCACUGUCCAUGAUAGAGAAGAAGAUGAAGAGGAAGGAUAGUCUGUGGAGGAAACUGAAAGGAUCCCUGAAGAAAAAAAAGGAAAGUACAACCUGAUGGCAAUUCUCUAUGAGCCGCUCAUCAGGAGCUGACCACAGUAAACUGUAAUAAUUCAAAAAGGCAGCAUUGACACAGCAUCUUCCAGGCCAGGGCCUGGAGCUCCUUCCCUUCAGCUCUCAUGCAGAAGUUGUUCCUUGAGGGCCUAAUUAAUGGUUUCCCUGUGACUCUUCUGUUCUGUAGUGUCAUUUAGCAUACCCUCUCAUACCUUUUCUGCAACUCUGAGUGGAGAAAAUACUCUGUUUUUUAACGUGUGCUCCAUGGCUGGUCUUCAAAUGCUAUGAGUUACGCCAGCAUCCAAGGCUGAAUCAGCUUCCACCAGCUCUAGGACUAUGGAUACACUUAUUGCCUCCUCCUCCUCUGCAUGCACAGGUCAUUUCACCAUCCCAGGAAUGAAUGAAAUUGAUUUCAAUGGACAUUUUGACUGUUUAAGGACUUUUGGGAUGGGACCUUCAGCUUUGCGUUCAUAGGUUUAGGGUUAGCGUGUCUCGGCCUGCACGCCCGUGUCUGUGUGUGACCGUGUCUGUGAGCCAGGCCCAAAGGGACCCUGGGCACUGCAAUCCUCACCCCGUGCUGCCCCAUCCCCACUGUUCCCUGCCCAGACAGCAGGCAGGUUUACAAGCAGGGUACAAGUCAUGCACCAGCUCUGCAGAGGCUGCAGGGGCUCUGCUCUGUCUCCUCUUGCCAGGGCUGGCUGGCAGAGGUGCCAUAUUCCGCAGACAUGCUGUGCAUUAAAGUCAUACAAGAGUUUGUGUUGGAAAGGAACUUUUAAAGGCCACCUGGGCCAAACACCUGCAAUGGAUGGGGAGACCUUCAACUAGAUCAGGUUUCUCAGAGUCCUGCUCAGCCUGACCUUGGAUGUUUCCAGGGAUGGGGCAUCCACCACCAAUCUGGGCAUCCUUAUGCUUCACCACCAGCCACACUCCCCUGUCCCAUCAAGGAGCUCACAAGUGCUCUGUCUGUCCAACGAGUCCCAGAGCCCUCCCUGGAGCAGUGCAGCUCUGUCCCAGCAUGUAAUAGCAUCUGUGAUGUAGCAUCCAACCCUUGACUUACUAGAGAAUUGCAUCAGCUCAAAUCACCAUUGCUCACAGUCCUUGACCAUCCAACUGAACCACUUGAUUAAGCAGUUGGAUAAGUCUUUUUAAAUAUUCCUUUUAAAAGCUGGCAUGAAGUAGAGUAUAUGCUCCUAAACAUUUUUUCCCCCUGGACUUCCUUUAAUGUUGUUGCUAUUUAUAAAUUUUAUAGAUGGAAUAUGCAUAAGUUUUGUCAAAAAUAAAGAUUGUGAUUUCCAUGGAGCCAUACUAGUAGUCAGUGUCAUUUGUGUCUGUCCUGGAGUGAUAAUUGAUAUAACAAACAAUAUGUAUCUUUAUUAAAUGCUACUUUUUCACUUUUCUUCUGUGAUUAUUUUGCAGAGUUUCAACCAAUUAUAUUUUGCAUGCUCUGUGUGGGAGUAGUUUUUUUUUCCCUCUGUAAAAUUUGGAAGGGUUAUGGUAUUAUGAAUGACUUUAGUUCAUUAAAAUCUAACGCUUUGUUUUCCUCUCUCCCUUCCUUUCAAGGGAAACCGGAGAUAUUUUGUGACUUGUCAAAAAUCCUUCAUCAAAAGCAAUGGUUUGUUGCACAUUUUUAGAUAUAUGUGGCUAUAUUUCUAUGUGAGAAAUUUAUUUUGGAGGAAUGCAAAUACAUGUACC